AACCAGGGCUCCAGCAGCGUUGAUUCUGGUCCCUCGACCCCUCCCCUCCUCGUCCUCUAGCUUUCAACGCCUGUCGUUGACGUCUCGUUGCAACCAUGGCCGACCGGUACAUCCCCGAGCAUCGGCGCACGCAGUUCAAGGCGAAAAGCACAUUCAAGCCUGAAGAGCUGCGUCGCCGUCGUGAGGAGGCACAGGUAGAGAUCCGCAAAGCGAAGCGCGAGGAGAACUUGGCCAAGCGCCGUGGUAUCGGCUCCGGUGAGAACCGGCCGGGUGCCUCUUUGGGCGCUGCGCCCGAUAGCGACGAUGAGAAUCCCACAAGCGAGUCUCAGCUCAAUGAGGACCUCCCGCAGAUGGUCGCCGGCGUGUUCUCAGACCAGGUUGACCUCCAGAUCCAGGCCACGACAAAGUUCCGCAAGUUGCUCAGUAAAGAGCGCAAUCCUCCCAUCGAAGAGGUCAUCAAGACCGGCGUUGUGAGCCGUUUCGUCGAGUUCCUGCGUUCACCCCACACGCUCGUCCAAUUCGAAGCCGCUUGGGCCCUCACCAACAUCGCUUCCGGCUCAGCCACACAGACCCAGGUGGUCAUCGAAGCAGGUGCUGUGCCGAUAUUCGUCGAGCUUCUCAACAGCCCCGAGCCCGAUGUCCGUGAACAGGCGGUCUGGGCCCUUGGCAAUAUCGCUGGUGACAGCCCUCAAUGCAGAGAUUACGUGCUGGCCCAAGGGGCCCUUCGGCCCCUGCUCAACCUCCUCGGUGAAAGCCGCAAGCUCAGCAUGCUCCGGAAUGCGACAUGGACUCUGAGCAACUUCUGCCGUGGCAAGACACCGCAGCCUGAUUGGAAUACCAUCCAGCCGGCACUUCCUAUACUCGCUAAGCUCGUGUAUUCACUGGAUGAUGAGGUGCUGAUUGAUGCGUGCUGGGCCAUUUCGUACUUGUCGGACGGUUCCAAUGACAAGAUUCAGGCAGUCAUCGAAGCUGGUAUCCCCCGCCGGCUCGUUGAGCUGCUGAUGCACGCGUCGACCUCAGUGCAGACCCCCGCACUCCGCUCGGUCGGCAACAUCGUCACAGGCGACGAUGUGCAGACCCAAGUCAUCAUCAACUGCGGAGCGCUGCCGUGCCUGCUCUCCCUCCUGGGCUCCAACAAGGAUGGCAUCCGCAAGGAGGCCUGCUGGACCAUCUCUAACAUCACAGCCGGAAAUUCCGCCCAGAUCCAGGCCGUCAUCGACGCCAACAUCAUCCCUCCUCUCAUUCAUCUGCUGCAACACGGCGACCUCAAGACUCGUAAGGAGGCAUGCUGGGCGAUCAGCAACGCCACCUCGGGUGGCCUGCAGAAGCCUGAGCAGAUCCGCUACCUGGUUGCCCAAGGCUGCAUCAAGCCUCUUUGCGACCUUCUCUCAUGCCCCGACAACAAGAUCAUCCAGGUUGCACUGGACGGCCUCGAGAACAUCCUCAAGGUUGGGGAGCUCGACAAGCAGGCUGCGGGAGAGACCGACCAAGUCAACCGGUUCGCUCUGUUCAUCGAGGAGUGCGGUGGCAUGGAGAAGAUCCACGAUUGCCAGACGAACGCAAAUGAGGAGAUCUACAUGAAGGCGUACAACAUCAUUGAAAAGUACUUCUCGGACGAGGACGAGGCUGCCGAUGAUGCUAUGGGCCAGACCCAGCAGUUUGGCUUCGGCGCCGCGAACGGGGCUCAGCAGGGCGGCUUCAACUUCGGUGCUAAUGGCGCCGAGUCGAUGGAUAUGUAAAGACGUCUCGGUUCAAGUACGGACGCAGAGGGCCUGAGGGUGGUGGCCAGUUGAGGUUGCGGCUUGUUUUCGAUUCGGCCAACGCCUUGGUAUCCAUUGGUGUGAGGGCCACCAACCGCUGUUCGCGUCGCUUGGCUACGCAGAGCCGGAUUUCCCGUCGCACCGCGGCGUCCCCAUGACCACUUGCAAGACACGGCACGUCUAUGUUUUAGGCUGACACCCCGCAUCCACACAAUACGAUACGGCCAUCAGCACCGACACAUCAAUCCCAACAAACUUCACCCAUUUAAUUUUGUCCUAUC